UUAAAAAAAAAAUAUAAAAUAAAAUAUUAUAAAAUAACAGUAAAAAAUGUUAAAAAUAAUAACCUUAUUUGCUUUUUUAUUAUUAAGCUCUUUUGUUUUAGCUGAUAAACCUAUACUUCAAGUGGAAAUGUGUGACUUCUACAUUGGAGCAUUUGUAAAUUAAAUAAUAUCAACUUAAACUUAAGAAACUGUAUACGAAAAAGGAGUAUAACAUUUGAAAUUAUAAUAUUAAAUUACCAUACCUUAAUAAAUGGAAGAUUGCUUCCCUAAGGUUGUAAAGAAAAUUAUAUUUAGAACCAAAAAAGGAAUUUAUGAAGAUUUAAAUAAUUAAUUUUAUUAAUUUAAUAAUAAAAGAUUCACAGUAUUAAUUCCUAUAAAUUAAAUAGAGGAAUUAUCAAGUUCUUUUCAAAACAAAAGUUAAGGAAUUUAUUAUUCUCUUGAUUUAGCAAUAGAAAUAUAAAAUACGUAAAACGAUGCAAUUAAAUAAAUUAAUUAUAAUUUGACAGUUAUUAUCAAUAAUAAUAUAAUUACUUAAAUAAUUAUAUGAUAAAUAUAAGAAGAAUAUAUUAUAAUUACUAUAUAUUUUAAAAUAUAAUUUUAUUAAUAUUCUUUUGUAUUUUUUUUAACUAAAUUUUUUUUU